CAGGGGUCCAAGUCACCUGUUGCUGAUACCCCACCUCCCCUUUUGGAAUGCCAGUGAUUUUUUUCCACUAGAAGACAAAGGGUCCCGCCUUACACAAGCUAUACAAGGCAGGGGAGUGACGUCAUCCAGGUUCUCCUCUGCCUCCCCACCCAAAGAGAUGCUGAAAAACACCUGGAAGCAAGAACUGAACUGGGGGGAGAAAGGUUGAGCUCAAGCUGGACGGGCGUCCAACUUAUUCACUGGAUUUCAAGAAUGGUGAAGAGAUGCUUUAAACAAUUUAAAAAUUUUUUCAGGGGGAUGGCAUUCCCUGUGGACAUGUUGGAUAAUUACAGUCAUGAAGACUUGGAGAGUUCUGCAGAAGACUACAUGUCUGAUCUUCGAUGUGGGGAUCCAGAGAAUCCAGAGUUCUUGUCUCUUGUCAGCAACAUCAAAAUUCCUAUUAGCUUGUCAACUAUAGGCUUCGUUCCUCUUUACGGUGGAGAUCAGACACACAAAGUUCUUGCUUUAUUUGCACCUGAGGACUCGCUCACAGCUGUAGCCUUGUAUCUUGCUGACCAAUGGUGGGCCAUCAAUGAUAUUGUGAGAACAUCUAUCCCUUCUAGAGAAGGGCUCCAGCAGGUGAAGACUCUUGGAGAGAGGGUGGUUCUGUAUGUUCUGAAUCGAAUUAUUUAUCGCAAACAAGAAAUAGAGCGAAAUGAGAUCCCCUUCCUCUGUCACAGCAGCAAUGACUAUGCUAAGAUUCUGUGGAAAAAAGGAGAAGCCAUUGGGUUCUAUUCUGUUAAACCUGCAGGAAGCAUAUGUAGCUCCUAUCUUACCCAAAGCUAUCAGCUUCCAGUGCUGGACACAAUGUUUGUGAGAAAGAGACAUCGUGGGAAAGAUUUUGGGUUAAUGAUGUUGGAGGAUUUUGUGGAUUCCUUUACUGAAGACACACUUGGUCUUCGCUACCCACUGUCAUCUUUCAUAUAUACAGCUUGUAAGCAAUAUUUUGAAAAGUACCCAGGGGAUCAUGAUCUUCUAUGGGAAGUUGAAGGAGCAGGACACUGGUUCCAGAGAACACCUAUUACCAGUGUAUUGCAGAGAGAAACACUCAAAACUACAGGAGCCUCUCAAAAAGAAAACAACAGUUCCCAGACUGAGGAGUGUUUUCUGCCGUCUGCCAUGGAAUCUGAAACGGGAAGCGAACAAAGUACAGAGAUUGAAACGCAGCUAAGGGUUGAUUCUCAAAAAGGCAAAGACAUCUUAGAUGCCCAGGCAAGCACUUCUGAAGAGCUUGAUGUUACGCCAGUUUCCACUCGAACACGAAGCAGUCAUUUAAAACGUCCCAGGAUAGGAAAGAGGAGCCAGGAAUCUGAAACUGAAACUCCUUCAGGAGAGGAUGAAAACCUUCUUUGGAUAUCAGGAAGCAGGUUGGAACCUGUAGCACAUACAUCUGAAAGCUCAGAAGAGUUAGUAGAAGAAACUGAAGAAAAUGUAGUUGAAAAUGAAGAGGAAACAGUAGUUGAAAAUGAGGACCAGUUAGUAUUGGAAACACAAGAGUUCUGUAUAUCACCACCUGAGAAACAAGAUGAGAAAGAGGAAACUGAAUCAGAGCCACUCAAUGGUGAGCUAACAGAAGCGACUAUCAAAACAUCACUCAUGACUGAAGAGGAAACAGCUAGUGAAAUACUAGAUGGUGAAUCAAAAUUACAGUCUGACAAUCCAGAAGAAGAAUCUUUAACUCUGUUUGUUCCGUUAAUCCUUGACUCUUCAGCGAAAUCUUCUGAAGACACUGCAUCAGAUAAGGUUAUGAACACUACUGAUUCAGAAAUACCGAUGGAGGAAAGUGUAUCUAUGGAAAAAGAGGGCAUUGAAGAGGAGCAGCAAGCAGCCCAAAGGAAGAAAUCAUCUGAUGAAAGUGCAGAUACUGUAGCUUCAGUGCCAAAAGAAGAACCAUCUGAUAAUGGCCUUUCAAACUCUGUGGUAACUGAAGCACUAGAAGAAUCAGUUUCUGAAAAUGUGUCACCCAACGCAUCGUCUUCCUUGGAAGAGCAAAGUGAGGAAGCAGGGCAUGACUCACAAGAAACCCCUGUUGUCCUUGGUCAGAGUUCUUUGAUAGUGGUUGAACUUGAGGAUGUGUCAUUCCAGCAACAUUCAGAAGGACAAAAGAACCAAUCAGAAGAGCAGUCUGAGGAGUCUUCUGAACAGAUGGAUCAAUACACGCAGACAGCGGCAGAGAGAGCUGCUGACAGCAGCUCAGAAGAAACAGAAAUUGAGGUACCAAUAGUAGAUCGGAGGAAUUUACGAAGAAAGGCCAAAGGAUACAAAGGACCACCCAAGAAGAAAGGAAAGCCAGCUUAA